AAUCAUGACUAGUAAUCAAAGGAGCCAAUCAUUGGCAACCUUGUAGAUCUUUUAGAACUUACCGAGCUGAAGUGGACUCGGUCAGCAUUAUUUUAGUCACUGACCGAGACUAGUCUUCGCUGAAUAACUCGCUUUCUCAGUCAAACUUGGACUUUCCAACUCCCAUCUUCCUUCCUACGUGUCCUAUUGGCAACCCAAACAGACACCCCUUAUAAAUAUGAGACCUUCAAUUCAUUCUGUAAGGCAUCAAGCCCUCGCUCCAUCAACUUCACUCCAACACUCCUCUCUCUGCUCUAUUUUCAAAUCUUCAAGAACAAAUUAGUCUAAUUUCAAAACCGUUCUGGCUACUUCCAUGUUUAUAGCUCCUACUUCCCCAUUCAACGGUUCUUCACUAUUUCUUGGAUUUCCAGGUCCUCUAGAGAAGAAGAAGCCGCUGUUUCUAGCUAAAAGUGCAUCCCAGAGUAGAAGUGGUGCUCUCUGAUAUGAACUAGAUAUCAGGCACCAUAGUUCUAAAAACAAGGUCAUAACUAUAACGAGAUUGUACAAGAUGGAGAAUGACAUGAGGUGGGAGCCGAGCACACUUACAAAUGAGCUACUUCAAGGAAUGGAGGCAGCGAGGAAGCUGAUGGCAGAUUUUAGGACGCAAUCCUCGGUAGAGAGCAGGGAUUUGCUGGUACAGAGGAUAUUAUCAUCUUAUGAAAAGGCUCUGCUAAUUCUGAAAUGGAAUGCGUCAAAUACCAAACCCCUUCCCAUGGGGACAGUAGCUGGUUUGCUGCCAGAAUCUCCGAUAUCAGUCAACGCAAGUCCUUUCAGAGAUGACGUUGAUGGGGAUCAUCCUGAGCUUAAACCAGAUUGCAAGAAAAGAAAGACGAUGCCCACAUGGAUGGAACAAGUAAGAUCUAGCUCUGAGACUGCCCUGGAAGGACCCCAAGAUGAUGGCUUCAGCUGGAGAAAAUAUGGACAGAAAGACAUCCUGGGUGCCAAAUAUCCUAGAAGUUACUAUAGGUGCACCUUCCGCAAGACUCAGGACUGCUGGGCCACGAAGCAGAUACAAAGAUCAGAUGAAGACCCUACUGUAUUUGACAUCACUUACCGAGGAAGGCAUACUUGUUCCUUGGGAAAUAAUGCUGUUCGGCCACCCAAGUCACCAGACAAACAGGAGAAAAUACAUGAUUAUCAAAGUGACGUCCGCCAUCACGAGCCAUUACAAGAGAGCCUAGUGAAAUUCAGAAGUAACUUGAGUGUCAAUACAGAUAACCUAAAAAACGAGGAUAUGGCAAAUCCUUUUACUUUCCUUUCAACUUCCUCUGGAUACAUGACACCGGAAAGCCACAGUUCACGUCCCUUGGCACUAGAGAAUGAUCCCUUCUGGGGGAACCUUUCACAAACAGAAUUGCUAUCUCCAAACACGCCAGAAUCAAACUAUUUACCAUCUCUGUCUUUCAAGAUUGAUGAGUUCCAUUGCAUUAGAAACCAGCCAUGCUCAGAAUCUGACAUUACUGAGAUCAUUUCAGCCAACACAUCAGCCACCAAUUCUCCAAUUCUCGAUUUUAAUUUCCCUAUUGAUCCGGUGGAAAUUGAUCCAAAUUUCCCUUUUGACACCCCGGGACUUUUCCCAUAAUUUGUUAGUAUUAGGGAUGUGAGUAUCAUACAAAUAUUUGCUGCAAUAGCUUUUCAAUCAUGUCUGUUAAACAUAGCAUGAACUAUUAGGUAGGAAAACUGUAGACCACAAAACAAGGCAGCAGCAAUGAUAGCAAUAAGAAAUUUCACUGUAGUUAAGAUUGCAAUAACGAUUUUUGCAGCGUUUGCAGUAUUCACUCUGAAAUAGAUGAAUUAUAUAAGGUCCGAAUUUCCAUUGGUA